AUGAUCAGUGAGGUGAUUUUUUUUUGUAUUUAUCGAACUUUUCUGUUUCAAUAUGUUUUUUCUCAUGUUUCAAAGGAUAUUUUCCAGGUACUGGUGACUCGCGACGUCGUGUUAUCGAGAUCCGAAGAUUUGUCCGUUUCACGAAUUCAAAGCGUCCGAAACGCGAAAUCCGUUUAUAAUCUGCUCACUUUGGUUCGUUUCAGGGUCUUACAGCGAAAAAUUCCUAAAAAUUAGAAAUGGAGGGAAACCAAGAAAAUAAUCAAAACUGGAAACAUUUUUUCACUUUUCAAUAAAUUUUCAAUGAUUAACUGUUUUAUUAGAGCCCAUGGUUGCACUGGGAAUGACUCGACUUUGAAAUGAUUUUUCAAAAACGCAUCCGACCUGAAAUGAGUUGCGCACGACGGCAUUUUUUCAAGAAAAUGAUUUUCUCCAAUAUUUUUCAUUUUGAAGCUUCCUAUUUAGAAAAAAGUCUGUAAGCGUUGAGCCAUUCCAAAUGCGACCACGAUUUAAGCGAAAAAAAAAAAGUGAUUUUCUAAAAAUUGAAACAAAUUAUUUGGAGAUCCUCUCCUCACUCCGACAAUACCAACUUCUUUCCACAAUUUAUGAACGAGCCAUGAAGUUCGUCAACCAGGAUUCUUAUUUGUGGUCAGUUUCACUGAUUUUUUGACUAAUUUCUAGCUUUUGGUGGAGUUUUGAGGAUAAUUGUGUACCUUAUGAUGACCUUCUUCAAAAAAACGGAAAAAAAAAUUUUUUUCCGAGUUUUUUUCCUCGAUAUAUACCCUUUGAUUCUUGAGAAAAAUGCGAAAAUCAUAGAAAUAAGCGUCGUUUGAAGAUUUUAAAGCUCUAAAACUCGAAAAAAAAAGCUUGUUUCAUGAAAAUUCAGGCUACGAAAAUUGUCUCCUAGGCAGAAAAAGUGAAAAAAAGCGUCGUUUGAAGUCCUUAAAGCUAUUUUCGAGGGAAAAAAAAAGAUUAUCGAUAAGAUUUUUUUCCUCUUCUGUGACUGUCUAUGUGCAAUUCUCCGGCUGUUGUUAAAAGUAUCAUCAAAAAAUUCACCGAGCGGGACUAAAAAGUCGCCUUGAAAAAGAAAAUAUAUGUAAAAAUGAAGGGAACAACUGGCCCUUUCUCUACUCUGCCGUGGCCGAUGGACUCGAGCCGCGCGCGUUCUGGAACAGGCCGUCUCGACGACGUCGUCCAACGACGGAUCCUCGUCCUGUGCCGAACAUUCCUCUGCCAUCGAGCUGAUGAUGCUCUCGCAGCUCUACAUCGAGCGCUUCUCCCAAUAUGAUUCGGGUAAAUAUUUUUUUUUUGUUUGAAACAGUCUUGCGGGAAAGUAGAAGGUUGAUAUUGUUACAUAUAUAGCUUCGCGGCUAACCUGUCUGCGCUCUCCACCAGCCAAACACUCUCUUUUUUUUAUCGUGUCAGGACCUUUUUUCCGAUGGCUCAAGCCAGUCGUGUAUCAGCUAUAGUUGUGUUAGAAAAGAUACGAAAAAACGCUUCUUCGAUCACAAAUUGUUUGUUUAAUCUUUCUGGAACUUUCGAAUUUGGAAUUACGAUAACUGUUUUUUGCAAAACUCUGGUGGAGUUUCAGUUUGCAGAAAAAACGCAGCUUUAUAGAAAUUCGAAAAAAUUGAGCACCUUAUGAGGAAGUUGUGAACAAAAUGUUUUUUAAUGUUUCUUUCUGACGGUACUGUAGUCCGUCCGGCUUGACAGUUUUAGAGUGUCUGCGUCUCUCUGUUCUCUCAUCGAUGAGGUCAGAGAAACAGGAAAAAGCACGUCAAAAUGAGAGCGUCGCCGAGAGACGAGGAGGGCGCAGAGAACGAAUUUUGAAGUUUCAAAAAGCGGGCUAGGACAGAAAAAAGAGGAAUGGUUUUUUUUCCAAACUACUUUUCGGAGGCGAACUUGAAGAAAAUGGUAGAGAUGGAUAAAAUUCAAAUUUCGACGAAUUUUAAAACCGUUCUUCGAAAGUUGCAUUUUUGACUUUGACUUUUUUUGAAUAAAUUAUUCUUCAAAAAGGAUCAAGCGCUGUAGUGAUACUGUGUUAAAAAGCAGAUUUAGACGCAGAUUGAUACUUCUUUCGCUAAAUGACAGCAAGAUUUUGAACGCCAUCUUUUGAAGUUUUAAUUUUAGCUCUAACACACGCGGAAAAAGCUCUUGCGAUCUGUGGAAAAGACGGCCAACAGGCCUUUCUGAUGACGCGUUGUCAGCUUCUUCAAGCGAUCGCCAUGGGGUUUCCUCAUUUCAAUAUCUCAGAAUAAAGUUAUAUUCUUCAAGACAAAGAGCCCAGCAACGAACGUCUUGGGAGCAGAAAAGGAGCGAGUUGGUGAAGACCCUCCGACUCAUGGAAGACGUCGUCGCCGCAGACGCCCACGACUACUUGGCCCUGUAUUAUGCAGCACUUUAUCAUGCGAUUUGUCCGUAUUUUAUGGAUUUUCUAGUGGAUAGUUGCAUUUUUGUUAAAAUCGUUGAGAUCUCCUGAAUCCAGGAAAGGAGAAAAAUAUUCUCACUCUUUUUUAGUCAAGUUUUGAUGCCUGAAACGUUCGAAAUACCCAUUUUUUCCAAAAAUUGCCUAGUUUUGGAACUAUGAAUCGUCAUAGUGAAAUGCGAAUAAUGAAAAUACCACGAAAAAAUUAUCGAUUGCCAGACAUUUUAUCCUUUUUUUCCGCUUGCCGCUGACCCUGGAAUAGCAAGAAAAAAUUAAAUGAUAAAAUUAUAAUUUUCCAUUUUGGAAUAAAUCUUUUCUAGGAAAGAAAUUUCACUAUUGGCUUUGGAAUUUUUCUGAAAAUUUAGAUAAAUGAGCUAAAGUCGGGUUUUCGAACUUGGAACCUUCAUUUCUCGAAAGGAAAAGUUUCUGCCAACAAAACGUUUUUUUCAAUUCCGAAGGGUCACGGUACACUGUAAAAAAGCUGUAAAAAGUUCAACCAUCACCUUGAGAAAAAUAUCUCUUUUUUAAAGACUUCUGUUGAUUUAUUUUUGUAGCGCGUGACCUGGAAGCGGCCAGAGAACGCUGUGCCAGAAGUCUGGAGUUGAACAGCGAACAGCCGGCCGCCAUCAUGCUUCUCGCCUUGGUCUUCACGGCUCAUGGCGAUUUGAAGGUCUCAAAACCGUUUUUGGCUCGGUUUUAGAAAAUUAGCUCACAAGGCAUUAUUGGAAAGUACAUCGAAAAAUUUAGUGACCAAAUUUUGGAAAAAUACCAACUGCAGAGUUGAAAGUGUUCAGAGAAAACAAAAACGUCUUUUUUUUCAUUUUGAAAGUGUUUGAGGAAGGAGGAAGUUUCAAAAAACUACAUAUAAGAAGUUAGAAUAAGGAUUUUUGAAUUUACCGAAUUUUAAAUGAUAUUAAGUUCAGGUAGAGAACUUUGAAAGAGGUUUUGAAGGAGUUAUAAAGUUAGAAAAUAUCAUUUUCCUUCCUAGUUGUAAAAUAGCAUUAGUUAAGCUUUCCUAAGAACAUGCCCCUAUAGGGGCCACUUGUGCAAGCCUCAGCGGAUCCCUAUAGGGGGAGACAAAGUGGUCAUCAGAGGGCAACCUUCAAGAACCUAUAGGGAUCACUCUGGCGUUUCUAAGACCCCUCAAAAACAAUUUUUUUCUAUACAGGGCGCCUUGGAACCACUCUGGCGUUCCAAAAAUCUCUCGAAAAAAAAAUUGUUCUUCUUCAGGGCGCCUUGGAACUCGUGGUAAACGCCCUGAAAGAUUUUCCCAACAAUUACGGCCUCCUUGUCCUACGGCUUCAUAUCGAAACCAAAUUUGGUACUGAUCCUAAAAAAAAUGUCGGAUUUCAACGAUAUUUGUGCAGGCCGAGUUGAGGAAUCCCUCGACACGUGCUCCCAUUUGCUCGAUUUCUGGAAACGACGCGACAAUUCUUUCUCGUUCGUUGUCCUGAACGACGAGGACAGGAAUCAGACCAAUUUGAACGCUUCUGAUGGGACGACCUUGUUGAGAGAAGGCAGCACCAAGACUGGUGAAUGGCAAAAAAGAUUGAAAUUCUUUCAGAUUUUGUUUAUUUUGAGCUUUUCGAGCAUUGAACGAGCAUUUAAAAAAAGCUCAUUUGACCUUUUUAAGCUCCUCCCCCUCUUAGAGAUGGGCGGGACAGUUCCGCGAAAAAAACUUUACCUAAAAAAACAAGAUUACAGUGAAAGCUAUGCCUAUAUGAAAAACUUGAAAAACCAAAAAAAUUUUUUUUUGAUUUUAAUCAGGCGGUCAUAGCUCAGUAACCUCUAUAAAACGGCUUUUUGAGCUAUUUUCGAAAUAUUUUUAAAUACCUAAUUAGUCGAAUAUUUGUUUUUCACAUCCGAAAUUGGCAUAGUUUCACAGUUUUUCUACUUUUUUUUGCCUGAAUAAUUUAAGGAAGCUUGAAAUAAUAGUUAACUUAUUGAAAAAAAUAUAUAUUAAAAAAAUGCUUGCAAAAAUGUUUUUUUGCUCUCUAAUUGCAAAGUUAAGGCAUGCUUGAGAAGUUUAAAAAAAUUUAAAGCUUUUAAACAGUUAAAAAAAGGGAUUUUUUUAAAAGUUUUUUUAUGCACUUGCUACGGAAAAAAAUUUCAGAAAAAAAUUGGUUAAAAAGAAAAGGCCGGUUGCAUGGACGGUCCUUCAAGUUGUAAUGUGUAAAAAUAUGAUUUUUGAAUGGAAAAAUUUUGUAAAGUAUAAAAAAAGUGGCUCUACGUUUUUUUGAAAUCCACGAAUUAAAGUAGAAAAAUUGAAAAAUUCAGAAAAAAAUUUAAAAAAAGCUCUCCGAAAGAUAAAAUUUGAGAAUUUCCUUGAAAAAGUAAAAAUUUUCCUCUACCUUUGACGAUUUAAAAAAAUUUACCGAAAGAUAAAUUAUAAAAAAAGUAAAAUAAUAAAAAAAUUUCGAAGAAAUUUUUUUGAAAUUGAGAAAACAUUGGAGAAUUUUUCGGAAAAAGUGAAAAACUGUUUCUACAAGCUGAGGUUAACAUUUUAGGAUUUUAAGGUUCACCGAAAGAUAGAUUUCCAAAAAAAUCCUUUAAAAAAAUUCAGAAAAAUAGAGACUUCUAUCCCAAAGAAAUAUUGAAAAAAUUUGGAAAUUCGAAUUUUACGAAAAAAUCGCGAAGGUUUUUCGAAAAUGAGAAAAAAUUUUAUGAAUUGCUCGGAUUCAAAUUUCAGAUUCAAAACUGUCAAAUUUUCAGAUUUGAAAACUCAGCGGAGAUUUUAAAAAUUUAUAUAAAAAUUCAGGAAAUUCAGAAAGUCUUCAUCCAAAGAAAGACGAAAAAAUCUUUAAAAUUCGAAUUUUACAGUAAAAUCCUAAAGAUUUUUCGAAAAGCUUUGAAACCUGCUUGGAAUUUCGCCAGACUGAGUAGGAAUUGAAGGAACUCCAUCGUUGGGCCGAGACAUGACUCCGGUGACGCCGUUGAUCAGCUCGGCGCAGUUGAUGGGCUUCACGGCCCCGGUGCUGAACACCACUUCGACCACCGCCUCGGCCAUCGAUCUCUCCGGUAGAUUUUGACAGGAGAAAUUUUUGUUUUCUUCGAGUUGGCUGUUUCAAUCCUGAGAUUUAUUUUUCUUUGGGCGAAUCACGCUAUUGACUUGUAUUCCCUGUUCAGAAGAAUUUUCGCCAAAUUGAAAUUCAUGUCUGAUUCUCCAAUUUCUAGUUAUCUUUUUCCUUCUCUGACGGCUAUUUUCAAGGAAUUACUUUGAACACGGUAUAGUGCAUGCCAGAGGCGGUUCACGGCUGGGCGUGGUCUGUCUGCGCUCUCCAUAAUCCUGAUACUAUCUCUUUUUAUCGUGUCAAGACCUUUUUUACAUGGCUCAAGCCAGCCGUGAACCGACUAGAUCAGAGACCUUAUAUGUGUGGAACCUUGAGCAUUGAAAAAUAGUUCCAGACAAAAAAUUCCAUGAUUUAAUGAAUUUCGAAAGAGAAAAUUAAUUUUUGGAACUUCUUUGCUCUGCCUAAAGUUUCAUGCAAGUCUGAAAAGCUUGAAAAUUGCUUGUAACGCCUCGAAACAGUCUGACCUGUCUGCGCCCUCUUUUCUCUCUCUGGCGAGGUCAUAAAAAAUUCGAAAAACCCCGAGAAGGAAGAGAGCGCAGAGUAGUCAGAAUUUUUCAAGCCGUGUAGAAUAAACUAUAGUUGCAUGUGAAUAUAAUAAUUUUAGUUUUAAAGUUUUAUUUCACACAUAUAAUGAAUUUAAUUCUGACAAAAUCAACCAUAAUUUGAAAAAAGUGGCCGCAUGUGGAAUGAAUCAGCGCGUGACGGUUGCGUUUUAAGCUAUAGAAGUGCGCCAGACCGAAAACGACUUGCGCGAGAAGCAUCGAAAAGCCUGAAGUUACUGACGGACAGCUGAAAAAAAUGCGCCGGACCGCGAAACGACUUGCGCGAGUAGCAUCAAAAUAACGUUAGAGCUACUGGAUAACAGUGGAAAUAAUCCAAAAUUUGAUAAAGCGACAAAAACUUCUUUGAGAUGUUUUCUGGAGAUCCCUGUUUCAGAAACAGGAAAAAAGUUCAAGUACCGAUUAGUCGAAUCAUUAUUUAUUGAAGACGAAAAUUUUGCUUUCUUAAUAAUUACAAAAAGUCGAUGCAGCGGUUUUUCGUCAAAUUUUGUUUUAUUUUACAAUCUCUUUGUAAGUGUAAAGUAUGAUAAUCACCAACCGCGAAGAUUCGAGCCAUUCCAAAUGCGGUCACGGUGUUUCAAAUUUUUUAUGAACUUAUCUUUGCCCUUUGAGUUAUCGAAAGUGGCGUCGCCCCUUCUGAAGUCGGCGGAACUUCGACGGCCAGCGAUAGUGGCGCCAGCUGUGGCGGAAUCAACGAAGUUUGGUCCAAGUUCAAGGCUCAGGUUUGUUUUUUUUUUGAAAUUAACAAAAUAUCUAAAUUAGAAAAUGGAGAAAAUGAGGUAGAUUCACUCAGGAACGCCACAGUGGCCCCUAUAGGAGUUAGGGAGAAAAACAGCCCCUAUAGGGGUAAAAUUUAGGUGGUCUGUAAGGGUUUAGGCCUGACCCUUAAGUACCCAAAGCUGAAGUGGUCCCUAUAGAGUUUUCAGAAAGGCCACUAGCUAAAUCUCUAGAGGGGGAGGUGAAGUGGUCCCUAGAGGGAAACCUUCAAUGGCCCCAUAGGAAUCACUCUGCAGUUCCGACGUACGAUUAAAACGUGGUAAAUAUUAAAUAUCCAGUUUUUGGAAAACAUAACCUGCCUGAGUCGCAAAAUCGAUUAGAUUUAUGAAAACUUUGCAAAAAGAUAGUACUUCAAGGGUUCUAAGCUUCAGAAAAUUUAGAAAAAACUCGAAUAUUUUGAAAAAAAGUUACAAUAACAGGAUAUCAAUUUCCAGGCGGACAUUUGGAUGUCACUGGCUGAGCUCUACCUUGCCGAGGGAAAACAGGCGGAAGUCGGAAGAUGUGUCGAACAGGCCGUCAAUUUGUUCCCUCAUUCCCCGCAGGCCAUGUACUUGAAGGUGAAUAGAAAAAAUCGGAUAUUAUUAGAAAUAUUAUUAUGGGACGAGGAUAGAAAAUUUGGGUGGUUUUCUGACGAUUCAGCUCAAAUUUAUGAGCCCAUUCCACUAGGAAACGUUUGUUUUUCUAACAUUAGAAUAAUCACAAAAAAAAACAGCCAUAGGGAAAAAAAUCUGGAGUAAAGUUCGCAGGAAGAGAAUUCUUAGGAAUGCUAGAUUGGUCACUAGAUAGGCAACCCUAAAGGGCCCCUUGAGAGACCACUAUAGGACGUUCACAAAAUUAAAAAAAAAUUGGACGACUCUCUCAAAAAUCAUCAAAAGAGUCGUAGAUGGUCAGUACUGUAUUCUUUCCACUCAUUUUUGUUUCUGGAUUUUCCUUUUUUCUUGUAUAACUGAUUCACGGCUGGCUUGAGCCAUCGAAAAUGGGUCCUGACGCGGUGAAAAGGAGACAGUGCCUGCUAGGUGGAGAGCGCAGAGAGACGACGCCUUUUUUGCGUCCCAAGCUAGCCGUGAAUCGCCUAUGAUCAAUUCAACUAUAGUCUGUGUGCCACGACUUGGAAUUUCACCGAACGACAUUCCGAUGUUCCGCUGCGUGCGUUCGCGAAACGUCUUUCGAAUCUAGGUCACGCUUUCAAUUGAUUGUUAUUGCUGUGGGAGCACAUGAAAGUAGAUUACCUUAAUAAAAAUAAAAAAAAUUAAAAGCGCGACCAAGGUUCGCAAAGGCGCGCAGCGGCACAGCGUAAUGUCGUUUGGUGAAAUUCCAAGUCGUGGUACACAGACUAUAAUAGAAAAUAUUUACAAAAUUCCUUCGGCUUCAGGGACGUCUACUCAACUGUAGAGCUGAGAAAAUCGAAGACGAGUUGGUGGCGUCGAAACUGAGAAGUGAAGCGAAAGCCGCCUAUCUUUCUGCCCUGGCCUUGUGUCCCGCCCAUGUCCCGACAAUGUCCCAUCUCGCCAAGCUGUACGCUCACGACGGCAAUUUGAAGAUGUCUGAACAUUUGUACAGGUCAGGAAAAAGAAUCAGAUUUAUGAAGAAUGUAGAUUGGAAGAUGUUACGAACGCCAGAGGGGUCACUGUAGGGGUGAGGAGAAAAACCCCCUAGGGGAAAAAUAGGGCUCCCUAGAGGACGUUUUUCAUUUUUCUUACUUAUUUGGAAGCUGAAAAAACAUAUAGAGACGCUAUCAUGAUCCCCUAGAGUGGUCACUAACUAAAACUCCAUAGAGUGGUCACUUUAGUUCUCCUAUAGAAGAGGUAAGGUGGUCCCUCUAGUGACUACUCUGGUGAUCAUAAGAAUUGAAUGAAACUACUGAAAUUUUCCUGGAUUUUUCCUUAGAACUUACCAUUAUUAAAAUCGAACUUUGAGGUUAUCUUAAUAUAUAAAAUAAUACCGUAUUCGAAGUGAUUCAGUGAAUUUAAAAAUUAUCUCUGACUCUCCGAAAUUUAGUUAUCUUUCUCACUUUCUGAUGGUACAGAUUCGAAGCUUGAGAUAUUAGGUUGAAGAGAAUAUUAAAUUUAGAAUAUUUAUGGAGGUUAUUCAUUUCAUUUUUUCAGAGAAUUGGUGCGUCUUGAACCUCUUUGCUGUGAAUGGUGGCAGGUUUGGAAAUAAAUUUGGAACUUUGAGGAAUAUUCCCCCCUUUUUUAGCAACUCGGAUGCUCCCUCAUGCGGUUGGGUAAAGCUGACCAGGCGACGGAAUGUUUGACCGCCGCUUCGCAACUUGACAGGUUUAAAGAAUAUUUUUGAAAAAAUGGGCGUUACAUUUAAAAAAAACGAUUUUUUUCCCGAAGAGUACUGUAUGUAAAAGUCCGCAUUCAGUGUGUGCAGAAAAAUAACUUUUAUGAAAGCAGCCACGAAGUUUUUGUUAGCGGCGAAAAAAAUAUUUAUGGGGCGGAGUCGAAACCUAGUGACGUCAUGGAAACUACAGAGGCGAGACCGUAAACAACAGGGCAUAAUAAAGGCGCAUGCGACAGCAUCGCCAUGGGUCUUGAGACGAAAUUUUCUCAUAAGAUAGACGUAAGUUUUCUGCGCGGGAGCGCCGCGGUGCUCGCACACGACAUACUCAACUCUACGGAGGAAAAAUGGGCGGAACGUCGUUAAAAAAGGCUUUUAAGUAACAAACGCAAUUUCCAGUUUCAGAAUAACUCCAAAAGGUUCACAAAACUGAAUUAAAGUGAUAAGUACAUUCGUAAAAUUAAUUAUAAGGUAUUUUUAAACAUUAAUCUAGAAACCUUGAUUUUCUUUUUUUUUUUUGUCAAAAUGUUUUUUUAAAGUUUUCCCACAGGUCAAUAACAGUAGCAUGAUGUUAAAACUGAAUUUCGAAUUUUUAAAAUUUUUCAAUGCUGGGGAAAAAUUGCACAAAGGGGACAAAAAAAUUCGGAAAAGGCAAAAAAUCUCAGGAAAAUUUGAAAAUUCCAGCUUUAACGAACAUUUUUCAGAACAACGCCACUCCUUCCCUUCUCCGUCAUUCCACUCGUUUUCCCGACUUCUUUUUAA